UUGGGAAAGCAAAAUGGUGUAACCAAUUACCUGUAGGCGAUGAAUGGCAGACUGGAAAGUUAUCUACUCCGUUUGGGGUCAUGCCUGUAUUGAACAUUAUUGCACCGGAUGAAAAGGAAGUCUUUAUAGCGGAAUCCAUAAUCGUAGAUCAAUACCUCGCCAAAAAGUUUGGAUUGCUUGGCGACAAUGAAUGGGAGGAAUUCACCAUCAAAGGCUUUUACAGCAACAUUCAUUACCUACGCGAACGUUCGUUUAUGAAUGUCACAUGGACAUAUCCAGACAAGAGGAAGGUCGCGAUGGAAAAAUUCCUAAGCACAACAUUGCCAAGCUUUAUCAGCGACCAUGAGUUCCACCUCAGAGAGAACGGAUCGAAUGGGCAUUAUGUCGGUAACAAGCUCUCGCUCGCGGACAUUCAUCUGGCCAAUGUUAUCGACCAUUUCUCUCACUUGCCUGCGGGCAAAGAGAUCAAUGCUUUGUUUCAGAGGAGCGAUGCACUAUGGAAGGUCAAGGAAAUUGUUGAACAGAACCCCGAAAUCGCAGCAUGGCGAGCCACAGAGGAGUGUAAGAUGCUGCAGAAUAGAUCCAUUGCUUGCUAUGCCCAGACAGCUGUUCCAGAAUAAUAAUCAGAAUAAUCAUCAAUGAAAGAGGUGUGCUACUACAGCGAAUAAAAUUUUAUUCUGUGUCUAUCUCGUUGCU